AUGGCGGAAGCAGCCAAGGCUGCUCCGCCUACGAACGACACGGCCACACCAGCGGCUGCUGCAAGCCUUGGUUGCAGCCAGGGCCGGCCGGCAGCAGUAGAGGUCCCCUCGACCUCCGGCCUCGUGGGGCCAAAGGCUUCGUCUGUUGAGGCGAAGCCAACACAACGAAAACGCAACCCACUGGAGCGUGUGCCCGUUGCCUUGCCAGAGGCAAUGGACACAACUUCCAGUGGGAAGGCGCAGACAGCGCCAAAGGAGCGCGAUGUGACGCGUCGGGGCGCAGCGCCACAUCUUUCGGCGGCUGCAACGGCCACACGUAGUGUGACUGCAGUCAAGCCAUCCGCGCCCCCGGUUGGAGCAGCAAGUGCUGUUCCGCCCCUUGCCAAUGAGGGCCAGCAGACUCCCACGUCUGCCGGACCCAGGGCCACUGCUUCGGCAGUAGGGCCCGAAAAACUCGGAAAUGUGCCCGCUGAGCGGGCGCUCUCCACCACCUCAGAAGUGGAUACCUCUAGCUCUCCUGCGGCGUCUCAGACGCCCAAGGAACGUCGAAGCUCACUCGAGCGCAGUAAGAAAGAAAAACUCCGCAUCACGGGGCCUGAAAAGGUCUCGUGA